AAACGUGUUUCUGACCGCAAAUCCGUAUUCCUCAGUAAUCCUAACCAACCGUAUAGUUUUACUUUAUUCAAUUUAUUCCACGCUAAUUAUCGCAAACUUCUAGUUCGGAUUAGGUGAUUAUUAAAUAUCCUGAAAUCUUUUCAAUCGCUAAUAUAUUAAAGGCACGUGGUCAGGUAUAAGUUCUAUAAAGUGACGAAAUUUUAAGCCUACGUACGAGCCAUUGCCACCGAGCAAAGUUUGAAAUACGUUAAACAAGCGUGUCUAUUUACUUUUUGGCAAAAUUUUUCAACCGAAUCUCAAGACUUUAUAUACAUCAAAAAAAUUAAAUAUGUGGUCGUUCAUGUUUACUAUACUAUCAGCCGUGUUGGUGGUAACAGUUAUGGUACUGAGAUUCAAAGGCAGAAGAAAACGAAUAUUGGCUGCUCCAAUACCAGGUCCGUGUGGAUCUUUAUUAAUUGGUUCAAUACCGUUAUUAAUUCAUGGGCCGGAAAAAAUCAUAAAAAAUGUACGAGAAGUAUACCGAACGUAUGAGAAUUCGUUGUUUAAAAUGUGGGUAGGUCCUAAAUUAUGUAUUGUAAUCACGCGGCCAAUAGAUAUAGAAUUUGUUAUGACAAAUCCAAAGUUGAAUAAGAAAUCGGUAGAAUACAGUAUUCUGCGUGAAUCCAUUAUGGGCCAAGGAAUAUUUUCCAUCAACGACACUAUAAAGUGGAAGUAUAACAGAAAAAUGGUAUCCGAAGGAUUUAGUUUUCCAAUUAUAAAAUCGUUUAUCCCAAUAUUUCACGAAGAAGCCAAUGUCCUUGAAAAAAUUCUGCAAAAUAAGUGUGAUUCGGUGUCAAACGAGUGCGAUAUAAGCGUACCGAUAAGUAUGGCCACAAUGGAAAUGAUAGGAAAAACAGCAUUAGGUGUACAAUUUAACGCUCAAUAUUACGGGCAUCAUCGAUUCGUCGAAAAUUUACAAACGGCAAUGCUAACAUGGGAAUAUAGAAUCUCACAUCCGUGGUACUUGAGCAAAACAUUAUUCCGCCUUUCAACUGUUAAAUACCAACACGAUCGAAGUCAAAAAAUCAUAAACGAAUUCACAGAUGACAUAAUUAAAAAAAAAAUUAACGAGUUAAAGCAAAAUAACGACGAUGAAAAAAAACCAACUUGGGACAGCGAAGACGUUAGCCGAAAAACGAAAACAUUUAUAGAAGUUCUCCUAGGGAAUUACCAUAAUAUGUCCCAUGAACAAAUACGAGAUGAGCUUAUAACAAUUAUGAUUGGAGGGCAAGAAACAACCGCAAUAGCAAAUGCUUGUACAAUUUUUAUGUUGGCACAUCAUCAAGACGUUCAGAACAAGGUGUUUGAAGAGUUGGAAUUGAUAUUUUCUGUCGGGGAUCCAACAAGGACGCCUACUUAUGAAGAUUUACAACAAAUGACAUAUCUCGAACGGGUAAUCAAGGAGACGUUGCGGCUUUUCUCUCCUUUACCAUUAUUAGGGAGGAGUUUAGAUGAAGAAAUGAAAAUAGGGGAAUACUUAUGUCCAGCAGGUUCAACGCUGUUAAUUUUUCCACUUUUUGUGCAAACGAGUCCAAAGUAUUACUCCGAUCCGGAAAAGUUUAACCCGGACAACUUCUUACCAAACGCGUGCCGUAGCCGACAUCCAAACGCUUUCUUACCGUUCGGUGCAGGAUAUAAAAAUUGUAUUGGAAUCAAGUACGCCAUGUUUCAAAUUAAAACAGUUGUAUCGACACUAGUACGAAGAAAUAUAUUUGCUCCAUCAAACAGGUGUCCGACACCGGAACACCUGAGACUAAUGUUCUUAACGACAUUGAAAUUCGUCGACGGUUGUCACGUCAAAAUAUUACCAAGAACCUCAAUACCUCAUAUAAUACAGACAUGAAUAAAAAUAUUUACAGUAUCAAUAUUUUUUAAAGAAAUGUAUGUUUAUUGAUAUAAUAGUUUUUACUUAGAUAUUGUAGUGAAACAAUUUUUAUCAUUUUUGUCGAGUCGAUCAAUCAUUUGUACUGGAUCAA